AUGGUGAAAUCGUUGCUGAAUUUAUGUCUUUCGGCAAUUUGCCAACACGAAUUGAAUGAUGACAUUUCAUUUAUUCCAGUUGAAUGUAAACAAAAAUUACUCGAAUUUUUCUCGAGUCAUGAUCAGGUGAGUUUUCUCAACGGUUUUUGUGAAAAAACACGAGAUAAGCUGUGAAUUCAUUUACAAAAUUAAAUCUCGGACCAUUUUUGAAGUGGCCCAAUUCAGAAUUUUUUCUCACAAAAUUGAAUCUUUCUUAUUUUCUCGGGUCCUGUUCUAAAAUUGCUAGAAAUUUGAAGUUCAAAUUUUGAUUUUGUUUUUUUCGAACAUUCGUGACAUCCUAUUUUUGUUUUCUUUCCAAAAUUCGUAUUUAUUUGUUGACUAUAUGUCUCCCAAGCAAAACAAAACAAAAAACAAAAUCGAAAACUACAGUACCCACUCUAAAAACUCGUUUUUUGCAGCUCUCCGCAUCUGAUUGUUCAACACUUGUAUCAUCUGAAUAUUUCAGUUCAAACAUUCCAUUUUUAACAUUCUACCUCUCAACAGAACUCACUGAUGAAAUGCUCAAAUCUCUGACAAGUAAUAAUAAACUUGUUGAAAAAAUCACAUUAGUUGAUUGUCCAAAUGUUUCCGAUCAUGUAAGUUUAUACUUGAAAUUUAGAAAAAAGCCACGAAUUCAGGGUGCAAAAACAGUAACAUCUGGACAAAUUCUUUUGCGACAAUUAGAAUUUCGAGCAAUGCAUCAAUUGACAGAUGAAGCUCUUGAACAUAUUUAUAGCCCAUUUUUAUAUUCAGUCGAUUUUUCGGGUUGCGGGAAAAUAACCAGUGCUGGAAUACGAGUUUUGCUUGAGAGAAAUCCAUCGAUUUGUUGUUUAUAUUUGAAUCAUUGUCGGGGUUUGGAUGAUCAAGUUUUAUAUGAUAUUGCACAUUUUGUUGGAAAACGAUUACAUGUUAGUUCUGUAAAUUAUUCUGCAAGGAACAGGGUGUUGAAAGCUAUUAUCAAAAGUUUUCGAAAUAAAAUCCUUUAUAUUGAAAUCCUCUCAAAAAUUUGGGAAAAAACUCAUAUUUCUAAAUAUAUUCCGCUCCAAAAACUCAAAGUAUAUUUUGUUUUGCAGACUCUCGAGUUAGAUUUUCCAACAUCGUUAUCUGAUCCAGCAUCCGCAUUACAAUACUUGUCCUCACAAUGUCCUAACGUGUCGCAGCUGUCUCUUGCACGAUUCUUUCACGAGGUAUUUCGCCUGAUGUUUUUUCGAAAAAAAUUUCAAAACAAAUUUCUCAUUUUUUCAGAGCAUUGAAGAUGGCGUUGAGAAUUCUCGCUUUAUAAUUGAUGGAAUAAAUUUGAGAAAAGUGGAUCUUUAUGGAAACUACUUCUUACAAAUUCCUCAACUUCCUCCAACUGUUCAAUCAAUUCGUCUUUCUGUUUCUGGUGAUGAAGAUGGUGAACAAUUAGUUGCAACACUUCUUGAACAACCAUAUUUGAGUUCGAUUAAUUUGAUUGUUUCAGUCAGAGAAGCAAAUAUUGUAAGUUAUCAAAAUAUUGGGCUAAAAAAGAGGUUACUGAAACUAAGAGGGAUGAGAAAUAAGAAAUUUGAAACCACAGUAAUCCAAACGAUUGGGGAUAUUUUUUGAAUUCUUAUUUUGAGAACAGAUUUGAAAAUGGAAAAUAACAACAACUUGAAUUCCAGCAAGCCGUUGAUAAUGCAAAUUCUCUUCUCUGCACAAUUAUUCCAUUACUCGGUCAGAAAAUCACAAAAAUUCAAAUAUCAGUUCCACGAUUAUUCGAUGAACCACUUCGUCUUGUAACUGAAUGUUUGCCUAAUUUAUCACAUUUAUCUCUCGAAGUCAAUCAUUUGAACACAAAUAUUCUACAAAAAUAUUUUGCAGGUAAAAAGAAACAAAAAAAUCAAGAAAAAAAUUCAAAAUUUCAGGAGGUUCGAAAUCGAAUGCUUCGAAACUUCGAAGUUUGAAAAUCUGUCGAAUGCGUAUGACAUAUCGUGUUUUAUUUGCAAUUGCUCGCGGAGCUCGAAAUCUUGUUGAUUUGGAAACAUCUCACAUGUAUUCAGUUGAUGAUCGUUUCCUUUGUCUUUUGGGUGGAAAUUGUCGACAACUUCGAUGUUUGAAUAUUAAUGGAUGUAAAUAUGUUAGCGAUAAGGGAUUGGCUGUUCUUGCAAGGUAAAUUAUUUUUGAAAACAGUUUCUGAGCAUUUAUUUUCAAUUUUUUCAGACGUUGUCCAUUGCAAGAAGUUCGAAUUCGUGGAACUGCUUGUACAGAUAAAUCAAUAUAUAUUCUUGCACAAUUUUGUCCUGAUCUUGAAUGGAUAUCUUAUGCUGAUUAUUCUGGUCGUCCUAAAUUUUCCGAUGCCGCACUUCAAUGUCUUCGUGAUUCAUGUAUACAACGUGUUAUCUGUUAA